AUCACCAACUGCGACUGCUGUUACUCUUACUCCGCCUUGAAAGAGGGUGUCAGCUCCAUUUUUCCACCUCCCGUCGAGAAAGGGUCAAAGCAGCUCGUCUUCUUCAAUCUUGCAGUGGUAGAACCUGGACCAGUUGACCUGCUCUCAUCGUAGUUUUCUGUAAAUCGCCCCUUACUACGACUUCAGAGGCUCGGGAGGGAGCUCGGUUUGCAUCUGCGGAAGGUUCAAUUUGUUGUUGCAGAUCCCCAGAGGUGUUGUCUUUCCUCCUAUUUUAUUGGUUGAAUCCCUUAUUGUGCUUCUGUGAAUUCAAUUCCAAUCGCCUGGAGGAGUUGAUUUUUUCUUUCUCUGCAAAGUCGCAGCUCCAGAUUAGAGCUUUUGUUACUCUUUUGAUGUUUAUCUCGGAAUUCAUUUCCAGAGGGAGCUGAAGUCAGAUCGGUGAGAGAGAAUUAGGGUUUCUGUGCGUCAAGUUUAGUUUUGUUUAUUGGAGUCGCAUUUCUUGUUAGAGAAGCUCUCAGGCUCUUCUACAGUUGAUGCUUCUAUUGAAGAUAUUGCCUACAAAGCCCUGCCCUGGUUAGCUUUAUUUGUUGAUGGUUAUUAGAAGAUAUCGAAGCGACUGUCUAGUUGUAAAUUUCCACUGCCUGUUUAUAUUCAUUAGGUGUUCUUGAAGAUAUUGUCAAAUACAGCGACAAAAUUUUAUCUUGGCUAUCUGUACUUUGAGAUGGCCAUUAGAAAAAUUCAAGUGAGUAUCCUCAUCCUUGCGAUCACUGUCAUUUCGUGCGGCCACUGUUCAUUUACCCCAACAGAUCACUACCUGAUCGAUUGUGGGUCUCUGAAUGAUACAACCAUUGGAAACAGAGUUUUCCAGGCAGAUGAUUCUGUUUCUGUUUCUUGGACCUUGAAGUCCUCCUCAAACAACUUGGCAAACAUCUCAGAGAACAUGGUCCCCUCUUACUAUGGCAUGGAACAGCUCUUCCAGAAUGCCAGAGUCUUCACAGAACCUGCAUCGUACACGUUUCAAAUUAGGAAGCAUGGUAGGCACUUCAUCCGUCUUUAUUUCUUCCCUUUUGUGUACAAGAACUACAACCUCACUGCAGCAUCUUUCAGUGUGUUGACUCAAGAUAUUACUCUGCUCAACGAUUUCAGACCGCCACUGAAUGUAAUAGUUAAGGAAUUUUCUUUGAUCAUAUCGAGUGACACUCUUAGCCUUUCAUUUGCACCAUCUACAAAUAUGUCCAUUGCCUUUGUAAAUGCUAUAGAAAUCAUGUCAGUUCCUGACAAUCUCACUGGUAAUGAUGCAACUAUCAUUCAUCCAGUCCGCACAAGUUACCAGGGUUUGUCAGGACAGGCACUGGAGACAAUUUACCGAAUCAACAUGGGUAAUCAGUCUGUUUGGCCAGAUGAUGAUACUCUGUGGAGAUUUUGGGAAAACGAUCAGAAAUAUUUGAUUUCUAAAACUCUUUCACAACCAUUUAGUUACAGAGGCCAAAUUUCUAGGAAUGAUGGAGUUUCCGAGGAGAUUGCCCCUGACAUUGUGUAUGCCACAGCUACUGAGUUAUCUGAUAUUGCUCAAACCACUUUGAGUUACUCUGUUAACAUAACGUGGCAAUUCAAUGUGGAUGCCAAGUCAAGUUACUUUAUAAGAUUUCACUUUUGUGAUAUUGUCAGUGAUGCAGCUAGUUCGCUCUUGUUUAAUGUUUAUGUCAAUACCUGGCUUGCAGAUGGUAACUUGGAUCUUUCUGAGAUAACAUUUAGAAGAUUGGCUACAGCUGUUUUUCUUGAUUUUGUUUUGGAGGCUGAUGAUGUGUCUGAUAUUCUCAGUAUUAAAGUCAGUCCAGGAAAUGCACUUCAUGGUGAUGAGACACCAAAUGCAAUUCUAAAUGGGCUAGAGAUAAUGAAGAUCAAUGGAUCUGCUUCUUCUGGUCAGACAGUUGGCACACCAACUGGUUCAAAUAAAAACUUCAAAAUUAUAUUGGGUUCAAGCCUUGGAGCGAUUGCAGUGAUCGUCAUUGCAGUGGUUCUUUUCUUCAUCCUCAGGAAAAAAAGGCCUGCAAAACAAUAUUCCAAAACUUGGGUGCCUUUCUCCGCUACUGGUUUGACUUCUCAUAGCACAAUAACCGGAACUUCUAAUGGAAUACCUUCCAUGGAUGGACAAAAUGGAAACCUUGGUUACCGUUUCUCCUUUAUUGCAGUUCAAGAAGCAACAAAUAACUUCGAUGAGAAUUUGGUAAUUGGGGUUGGAGGCUUUGGGAAGGUCUACAAGGCAGUACUAAGAGAUGAAACAAAAGUGGCAGUGAAGAGGGGUAAUCCAAAAUCUCAACAAGGCCUCAAUGAAUUCCGUACAGAGAUUGAAUUACUGUCACGCUUACGCCACCGCCAUCUGGUUUCUCUGAUUGGAUACUGUGAUGAAAAGAAUGAAAUGAUUCUUGUUUAUGAAUACAUGGAAAAUGGCACUCUUAAGAGUCAUCUUUAUGGUUCAGGUCUUCCUUCUCUUAGCUGGAAGCAGAGAUUGGAAAUUUGUAUUGGAGCAGCUAGAGGACUGCACUACCUUCACACUGGUCAAGCCAUGGCUGUCAUCCACCGUGAUGUUAAAUCUGCAAAUAUUCUUCUAGAUGAAAAUCUUUUGGCAAAGGUUGCUGACUUUGGACUCUCAAAAACCGGACCUGAGUUGGAUCAGACCCAUGUUAGUACUGCUGUAAAAGGAAGUUUUGGAUAUCUUGAUCCCGAGUACUACCGAAGGCAACAGUUGACUGAGAAAUCAGAUGUGUACUCAUUUGGAGUAGUUUUGCUUGAAGUCCUCUGUGCCAGACCAGUCAUAAAUCCCACCCUACCAAGAGAGAUGGUGAAUUUAGCUGAGUGGGGAAUGAAGUGGCAAAUGAAGGGUGAGUUGGAGCAGGUUGCCGAUGUCAGGAUUGCAAGAUCAAUUAAACCUGAAUCUCUAAGGAAAUUCGGGCUGACAAUUGAGAAAUGCCUAGCAGAUAGUGGUGCUGAGCGCCCUUCAAUGGGAGAUGUCCUUUGGAACUUGGAGUAUGUUCUGCAACUUCAAGAGGCAGAUGGUGGUGACUCUGAGAUUAAUAGCAUCAAUCGCAUUCCUGAACUUGCUCCUCAGGUUGGAAACAUCGGCACCAUGGAGAAUACACCUGUUGUGGAUGACAGUACAUUACUUAAUGAUGUAACGGAAACCUCAAUGAGCAAGGUUUUCUCACAGUUGAUAAAGUCAGAAGGGAGGUAAGUUGAUUGUAAUUUGCUGCACUACUGCUUGAAUUAGACAAGAAUGUAAGAGUAAUUUUGCUUAGUGUGGUCUUAUGGGGUUGUAACUGAAGAUUCAAUUAUGCAUCCUACGUUUUGCCCCCCCUUUUUUUUUUUUUUCUUGUAAAAUUCAGAGAAAUAAACUAUAUGGAUAUCUAUAAACUCCAUAUAGUUGAUGGAUGAAACAGGUUUGCAACUAUGUAUUGGAGCUGAUAUUUUGAAGGAUUCUAAUUGUGAUUCA